GUUGUAGUGUUAAGUUUGUCUUCAUUAAAUGUAUUUGGAAAAGGACGGUAGUUGGGAAGUUUUGAAAAGAGUCACAGUUACGUGAGAUACUUGCUGGAAGCCUAUGAAUUUAUAUUGAGUUAAAGGAAAGUUGGAAGAACUGCCCCCACUGCUCUUGCUAAACUUGACUUUAUUGAAGCUGGUCAUUUUAUCUCCAGGAUAUCAUUCAAGCCUUGCACUGCAAGGGUGUUGCAUCCGAGAACAACCAUGAGGUGGAAAAUACUUCCCAUCUGCUUGUCGCUGCUGCUCCCUGCUCUCUUGAUUCAACAAGCUUCAUCUCAAGAUGUAUCAAGCUGUGCAGGGAGAUGUGGGGAAGGGUAUUCUAGAGAUGCCACCUGCAACUGUGAUUAUAACUGUCAACACUACAUGGAGUGCUGUCCUGAUUUCAAGAGAGUCUGCACUACAGAGCUCUCCUGCAAAGGCCGCUGCUUCGAGUCCUUCUCACGAGGGAGAGAGUGCGACUGUGACGCCCAGUGUAAAGAGUUUGGCAAGUGCUGUGCUGAUUAUGCCAGCUUCUGUGAAGAAGUAAAAGAUAACAAGAAAAACACCCCUAAAAAGGAACCGAAUCCAGAAGCACCAGUUGUAGAUGAAGCUGGAAGUGGACUGGAUAAUGCUGAAUCCAAGCUCACCCCAACUCCUGACAACCCGACCCCUUCGUCUCCCAAGACUACAGCAGCAAAACCAGCAAGUGCUAAACCCAGUCUUGCACCCAAUCCUGAGACAUCCAAAGAGGCAUCUUCGACUUCCAAUAAAGAGACAACCGUUGAAACGAAGGAGAGUUCUGCAACUAACAAACAGACUUCUGCCAGCAAGAAAGAGAAAACGACUUCAGCUAAAGAGAUACGGAGUGCAGAGAAAAAAGAUGCUGCACCCACAGCUGACAGCCCCCCACCCACUACCGCCAAGAACUCAGCUCCCACCACCACCAAGAAGCCAGUACCCACUACUACAAAGGAACCAGUUCCCACCACCACCAAGAAGCCUGUAACUACAACCAAGGAACCUGCUCCUACCACGCCCAAGAAGCCUGAACCCACCACCCCCAAGAAGCCUGAACCCACCACCCCCAAGGAGCCUGAACCCACAACCCCUAAGGAGCCUGAACCCACCCCCCCCAAGGAGCCUGAACCCACCACCCCCAAGGAGCCUGAGCCCACCACUCCUAAGGAGCCUGAACCCACCACCCCCAAGGAGCCUGAGCCCACGACCCCUAAGGAGCCUGAGCCCACCACUCCUAAAGAACCAGCUCCCACGACCCCUAAGGAGCCUGAACCCACCACCCCCAAGAAGCCUGAGCCCACGACCCCUAAGGAGCCUGAACCCACCACCCCCAAGGAGUCUGAGCCCACUACUCCUAAGAAGCCUGAACCCACCACCCCCAAGGAGUCUGAGCCCACCACCCCUAAGAAGCCUGAACCCACCACCCCCAAGGAACCAGCUCCCAUCCCCACAAAGGAGCCUGAGCCCACUACCACGAAGAAGCCUGAACCCACCAUCCCUGAGGAACUGACUCCUGAGGUAAGCGAACCUGAACCGACUACAGCAGCUAAAGAGAAGACAACAGAAAAAGACACACCCAAAACUACAACUGUUGCCCUUAAGACGAAAGCAAUUACACCAGAAGAGACUACCAAAUCAGAGGCAAGUACCACCACACAAAUAACACCUACAACUCAAGAAACCACAUCACCCCAAAAAACUACCGUGAAAGCAACUACUCUCGUACCCAAAGUACCGGCUCUGACUGAAGAGACUCUGAACAAACCUGAAGAACCAACCCCUGCACCCGAAGAUUCUGAUGAUCCUAAGAUAUCUCCAAAACCCCAGAAGCCAACCAAAGCACCCAAGAAGCCCACCCCUACCAAAAAGCCAAAAGCACCCAAGAAGCCCACCCCUACCAAAAAGCCAAAAGGGAGAAAACCGAAAACGACACCACCUCCUCUAAAGACGACUCCAGCAAUGCCUGAAGCGAACACCACUCCGUUAGACGUCGUGUUGCCAACCACCGCCAGCCCUAAGCAAACUCCAAACUCAGAAGCAGCUGAGGUAACACUCGAUCGUGAAGAUGCUGAAGGAGGAAAACAUGUCAUGAUUCCCAGGCCUCCUGUGUUAUCCCCCAUUGUUAUUCCGGGCAGUGAUCACGUGGCCAGCGCACUCAACCACGGCAUGAACAUCAAUUCCAUGCUUUCAGACGAGACCAAUUUAUGCAACGGUAAGCCAGUGGAUGGACUGACUACUUUGCGCAAUGGGACAUUAGUUGCAUUUCGAGGUCAUUAUUUCUGGCUGCUGAACCCAUUCAGACCCCCAUCUCCACCGCGCAGAAUCACAGAAGUCUGGGGUAUUCCUUCCCCUAUUGACACGGUUUUCACUAGAUGCAACUGUGAAGGGAAAACUUUCUUCUUUAAGGAUUCUCAGUACUGGCGCUUCACCAAUGAUGUACAAGAUGCUGGGUAUCCUAAACCAAUUGUCAAAGGCUUCGGAGGGCUAACCGGGAAGGUAGUAGCAGCCCUUUCAAUAGCCAAGUACAAGGACAGGCCUGAGUCUGUGUACUUCUUCAAGAGAGGUGGCAACAUACAGCAGUACACUUACAAACACGAGCCCGUGAGAAAGUGCACCGCAAAGAGGCCUACUAUCAACUACUCUGUGUACGGGGGAGCGGCGCAGGUCAGGAAGCGCCGCUUUGAGCGCGCUGUCGGACCUCUGCAGACACACACCUUCAGAAUCCACUACUCGGUGCCCAUGAGAGUCGCUUAUCAAGACAAGGGUUUCCUCCAUAACGAAGUUAAAGUGAGCACACUGUGGAGAGGAUUUCCAAAUGUUGUUACCUCGGCGAUAACACUGCCUAACGCCAGAAAACCCGACGGCUACGAUUACUAUGCCUUUUCUAAAGAUCAAUACUAUAACAUCGAUGUGCCAACUAGAACAGCGAGAGCAAUUACUACUCGUUCUGGGCAGACUCUCUCCAAAGUCUGGUACAACUGUCCUUAGCUUAUGCGCAAAGAAGAGUCAUCAAAAGGAAACGAAGAAAACUGAUAAAUUUUGACAUUGAAAUACAUUUUAUUAAUAAAGAAUGUUGAAAUGAG